AUGUUCUUGCGUAAAACUUCCUUAAAUAAUAUACCAAACUCGCAGCUUAAAACUGUUCGAAAACACCUUCCUUUAGUAGAACAGAACAUCAAACGUUCGUUUUGGGUUCAUUCCGUCCAAAAUACAUUAGAAUCAUCCAAUGUAAAACCUGAGCCCAAAACCCCAGCUUCUCCAAUUCCUCCAAAAAUUGGACAAGAACAAACUCGUUCGGACGGUAACGUCACGAGUAGCAAAAAGCUUCGGAAUAGUUUUCUCUUUUUAGCUUUCUUAGGCCUUACAGGAUACGCCGGAGGAGUGUGGUAUAGCUUUGAAAACCCCAAAUUCUAUGAUGUAUUUGCAAAAUAUGCCCCGUUCGGUGACAAGGUUCUACCUGCAAUUGAGCAUUCCUGGAUUGGCUACAAAUUUUUUGGUGGUAAUAAAAUCCUUAUACAUGACAGACCUAAAAUGAUGCAGCCAAACGCUUCUCCGGGAGUCUCACGGGAAGUUGUUGAGAAUGCAAAGCGUAAAGAAAAGGCAAUUCCUAGUGAACUGAAACAGGACAAACCAACUAAUGAGGAAAGCAACGUGAAGCAUGAAACCAACGCUAAUUCUGCGGAUGAGGUAAAAGAAAAUGCCAAAUAUGCAGCUGUAUCGGACUUAGGUCUUGAUCAAGAAACCGGGCUUUCUGUCACGGCAGCUCCUGCAAUUGCCCAUACUUUACAGCGUGCUCAUGAGGAAGAACUAAAGGAUCAAACGCGUAGAUUUGAGUCAUCUUUAAACGAAGCCCAUCAACUUCGUGUUCAGCUUUCACAAUUACAGGAGGAGCAAAAAGAGCUCUAUGAAAAGCGCCUGAAGUCAAAGAUGGAGGAAUGGAACCUCAAAAUGGAUGAUGUUUUGGCGGUACGCGAUCAAGAAUGGCGCGAACUAUUUGAACAAGAGAAGCAGCGACUUCAAAUCAUUCACGAUUCAAGAUUACAUGAAGAGCUUGUUCGAGCAACUGCUGUCUAUGAAACAAAAUUGAAGAACGAGUUAACAGAACAAGCCAUUGAAAUGGAACGCAUGCAUCUCCAAGCUGUCAAGGCCCAAGUGGAACAAGAACGUGGAUCAAGACUUGGAAAGUUAAGUGAGCUCCGAAACGCUUUCGACGAGCUUCAAAACCUUGCUCGAAGCGUCAUGUUUGACAACGGACGUAUGACUAAAUUCAUUAGUGUACAAAAGGCCCUUGAAAAGGUGGAGAAAGAUAUUAACUUUCGUAAUAAUCAAUCUCUGGAAAAAGAUCUUCAAGAUCUAAAGGAUGCUAGUCAGGAAGACCAACUGUCCGGUUUAGCUUUUAAUAUCAUCGACUCUACCUUACAAUCUGGUCCAGUGCUUUCCAAGAAAGAAUUACAAAUGAAGUUUGAUGUUUUAUCGAGAGAAAUUUACAAAACCUGUUUCCUUACCGUAGACAGCGGAUUUUUAGGUCACUUGAAGAGUAUUGUUUUGAGUCAAUUGCCUAUCAGCCUAUUUAAGUCUCCAGAAAUUCAGUCAGUUCGUGGUGUAUUAAAUGAAGCUAGAUCCAGUUUAAUAGCCGAAGACUAUGAUUCCGUUGUCAAGAGCCUUUUGACUCUUUCUCAAUGGUCAAGAGCCUUAUCCAAGGACUGGAUCGAGUCUUGUAGGCGUAAAAUGGAGUUACAACAAGCUAUAAAUAUUAUUAAAAGUUCAGCUUUAUACGCUUCUUACAGACAAGAAGAAGGAAACGAAUAAUUUCCCUAUAAUGUUGCAAGCUAGUAGUAUACAGAAUUGCCAAACCAGAGUGUAUAAUUUUUGACUUUAAGCAUUAAAAGCAGAAUGAAUGCGAGGCUUAUUCAUGACAGCGGAUCUCUUAAGAUAACUGACCGAUAACUUUGACUUAUCUUCAAAAUUAUUUAAAUUUCUCUCAGCAUAAACGCUCCUUCAUGAUUUAAGUUUAUGAAUAAGAUUGAUUUCCAUGCGACUUUUAUUUACGAAGACCGAAAGUUUACAUGCUUGUUUAAUCCCUAAUAUAUGAAUAACAAAAAUCUAACCUCAAAAAUUGCUUAGAUUUAUUAAAUUAUUAUGUGUAAAAGAAACAUAAAAAUUCCAAUGUCUUUUUUAUUUUAA